CUCAUGCGUCAGUAGUAGGGAAUACAUUUGUGUCAUCAGAACCGUCACCAGAGCCAUGAACGGGGAUGUUUGGUUUUGUGUAACUCAAGGAGGCAGGGGGGGGGGGAACAAUAGUCGUAACAGUCGGGAUAACAUCGGUGUCUAUGGUAUCACCGGCGGGCAACUCCGUGUCCAUCAUAGAAGACACUGCCCAGCAGUUCCGAUGUGAGACAUCUGUUGGGAACCCACAGGCCACCGUUGAGUGGUACAAGGAUAACGGUACACUGGACAGGUCGGAUGACACGGAAAUUAUUACCGGGAAAGAGACAAACACUAGCGCAAGUGGUACCCUGAUUGUGACUGUCGGUAAACUGAGUUUGACUGUGCAGAGAAACGAUCAUAAAGUGGGCGUGUACUGCAGGGCAAACAACGGUGGGGAUUGGCUAUACUCCUCCAGCGUUGUCUUAGAUGUUCAGUUUGGACCUAAAGUGCAACUUCCUCAGACUUAUGACGUUUUGGAGGGCAGUGUCGUAAACUAUUCAUGUUCUUUCAUCCCUGGGAACCCCCCUUCUCAGACAUCCUUUGUCUGGACGAGGUCAAUUGACCGUAGGCAAUGGAACAGCCAGUUUUUCAGUAUUGCCUCUGUGCAGAAAUUAGAUGACGACAUGUACACAUGCACCGCGACGCCUGCUGGAUCUCCCGCCCAGACUGGAAAUAGCGGAACCAUGCACCUUAAUGUUCAGUAUAAGUCAAGUGUAACACAGUUUCAUGUCAUUGGAAACAGAAACGAAGCAAACAUAACACAAACAGAGAAAAGUAGUACGACAUUUACCUGCAUGGUGGAUAGCAUUCCUCCAUCAACCAUCAAGAUUAAAAAGGACGGUGAACUGCGGAGAUCCGUCAAUCACUCGACACAGCUGGAGUACCCGAUUGCAAAUCUGGCAUGCACGGAUGCUGGGCUUUACACUUGUGAUGCCAGCAACCAGUUUAAUUUCGACAAACAUUCAGCAAAGGAUUUACAUAUGUAUGUGACAUGUUCACCUAGGCGCCCGCCUGGUAAGGAUAUCAAGUUGAACUUUACUGCUCGAUUACAUAAUAGUGUAACACUGCAGUACACUGUGGUCGCAUACCCAGUACCGAGCGCUUCACAGUUCGUCUGGAAAAGAUGUUUUAGGAGAAAAAUGUGCAUACAAUUAUCAAAUAUCACCGCAAAAUAUGAAAUUACAACAAGUGGCUUGUCGAGUAGCUUGACCAUUGUAGAUACUGAUAUUGAUGAUUUCGGAGCCUACAGUCUUUCAGUUAAAAAUGGCAUUGGCAAGGAACUAGUCGAGGAUUUGUUUCUGCAACCAUUCGAAGUUGCCGAUGCUAAACCACACAUCGCUGCAAUUGCUGGUGGUGUUACAGCUGGGGUUAUAACGAUGGUAGCCAUUGUUGUCGUCUUCUGUCUUCUUCGAAAAGGUUCACGUUCAAGACCUACGGUACCUGUUGCUGAGAUUCCUGGUCAUAGCGCUGCCGUAACGUACGAAACUCUAUCAGCGAAGAACAACACACCUGUUUACGACGCUUUAGAGGAUGCCGUAUACCAAAACACGAUGGCGAAGAACCAAGUGCAGACAGCGCUUUAAGUGGAACAUCCGAAUUCAAUGUAUGAUGAGCUCAAGAGCUCAUGAGCAAUGAUGAUCAAUUGUUAUCGAUACUCCGCAAUGUCAUUUGUAGAUUGUUAAAUAUGUAUAUAUACUGAUAAGAAAAUGAGAUUAUGCUGCGAAUUGUGAACGAAAUACAUAUUCAUCCAAAAAGAGUAAAUCUAUUUCAUAUAAAAGCAAAUAAUGACAUACAACUUGACACUUAAUUAUCAACAUCUAAUAUAUCUCGUUAGUUUUCUUUCAAUUCAUUCCAAGAAAAAGUAGUUACGGACGGACCUAUUUGUUAACGGGAAAUACUUAAGACCUGACUCUAUCUCCUGUUCAUCGUUUAGCUUCGGAGUGACCUAGAGGCUUCAGAUGAACUAACGCUGAAGUUUACGGAGAUCAUCCCUUCCAUUCCAAGAUUAACGCUGUGACGAGUUAUGCCAAAACUGUUUAGAUCGCAAAAGUAAAGACGAUUCUGUGAUAAUUAACUCAACUAUCGUUCAUUCAACAGAAUCGGCAACUCUCUUUGGAAUAGGCCUCCAUUAAUCGUUCUAAUAUAACCGUGCUGUUUAAUCUUCUAAAAGUACUGGUGUAUUGAUUUUAGUAAUUUACAUAUGUUUUGAUAUGAUGAAACAUUAUCAGAAAUAUGUCAAUUAUUAUUGUCUGCCUGUAGGAACAAUUACCCGGCGAAUACUACUCACGUGUAUGACAUAAUCAAUCCAUUUGUAUUAUAAGGUGUCAUCAGCUUUUUAAUUUUAAUGCUGUUUUUUGUUCAAUGUUUUAUUGUUUGAUAUUAAUACUAUAUUAACUGUACGUGUUGCUCUUAAAACAGUUACAUGUUUUCCCUUACAAAGUAAUUAAUAUUAACCACCUAAGAUUACUUGUGUUUCUUGUUCGGCAAGUUAUUGAAACAGGUGCGACGACUGAACUCGUAUUACAUGUGUUUUACUAGUGUAAUAGGGCAGUAACAUGGCAAUGGCACUGGAGUGGUUUUCGUAGUUGAUAGGGAUUGACCCUAUCACUGGUUGAUUUUGCAAAACAACAACUUGUAUUUUAUUUUGCCUUAUCAUUUACAUGUUUACCAACUUUAACACGAUAUAAAAUUCAUUGCUUAAUGUAAUAUAUGUGCACAGUCUUUCCCAUUUGUCUAUAUUGUUUUAUAUACUGUACAUAGAUGUUUCAAUGAUGCAUAUGUUUGUAUAAUGUUUAUUGAAUAUUUAAA